CAUUGAAAGUCAGAGAGCAUAGUGUGUUGGGACCCUAUGUUGAUGGACUUUCUAAACUGGCUGUCACAAGCUACAAGGAUAUCGAGUCUUUGAUGUCUGAGGGUAACAAGUCUCGCACAGUUGCUGCCACCAACAUGAACGAGGAGAGCAGCCGGUCCCACGCAGUCUUCAAAAUCACCCUCACGCAUACUCUAUACGACGUUAAGUCCGGGACAUCUGGGGAGAAAGUGGGCAAGCUGAGCUUGGUGGACUUGGCUGGUAGUGAACGAGCAACAAAAACCGGAGCUGCCGGCGACAGGCUGAAGGAAGGGAGCAACAUCAACAAGUCGCUCACGACCCUCGGUCUGGUUAUCUCCGCCCUCGCAGAUCAGAGUGCUGGCAAGAACAAGAAUAAGUUUGUUCCUUAUCGUGACUCCGUCCUCACAUGGCUGCUUAAAGACAGUCUUGGUGGUAAUAGCAAGACAGCAAUGGUGGCGACUGUGAGUCCGGCAGCUGAUAACUAUGAUGAAACCCUCUCCACCCUGCGGUACGCAGAUCGUGCCAAGCACAUCGUGAACCAUGCUGUGGUGAAUGAGGAUCCCAACGCACGAAUUAUCCGGGAUCUCCAGGAAGAAGUGGAGAAACUCCGAGAGCAGCUCACGAAGGCGGAGGUGUCAAAUGAACUAACAGCAAAAAGCGAAUAUAAAGAAGAAAAUUCUCAGAAUCAACUGAACAUUCAAUGA